CAACUUUUCUCCGUAAGAUUCGCAACAAUUAAUCGCCAACGGGAAGAAAUUCAACGGCAAGUGGUUCUCCUCGGACUAUAAAUUGAAGGCAAAUUGCAACAAUUAACGAAGGGGAAAACACGAGGAACAAUGACUAGAGAGCCGCGGCCUAGCCGCGGCGGCGGAGGUGGUGGCGGCCGGCAGACGCAAACCGGUGGCGGCAAAAGCUCCGGCGAGUGGUGGGCAGUCUCCUUAAGGGGGACUCCACUUUGAUUAGCCCUAUCUCAGCUCUAUACCGCCGAUAUGCUUGUCCAAAGACAAGAGAGAGAUUGAUGGGUCGGAUCUGAUUUAAACGCCGCGCUCGGAAGGGUAUCGGGAAAUCGCUGAGAAUUGAGAGAUCGAUCGACAAGGGAGACACAGAGCUGACGGCCUCCAUCCGUUUCCGAUUCAACACACGAUUGUUCUUACCCUUUCAGUCUAGUCAUGCCAGAGCAGCGCAAUGGAAAUGGACCUCCUGCCAAUGGGCAUCCAUCUGCUGGAAGUGAUUAUAAAAUCGAUUUGAAAAAAUUUAGUAGCCGGCUAGAGGCAUUGUAUGCACAUUGGAAUGAAUAUAGAGAUCGUUUGUGGGGUUCUUCUAAUGUACUAGCUAUUGCAACACCUCCUACUUCUGAGGACUUGAGGUACUUGAAAUCUUCAGCCAUGAAUAUUUGGUUGCUUGGAUAUGAGUUCCCAGAAACAAUCAUGAUUUUUGGAGAAAAGCGGAUCCAUUUUUUAUGUAGCCAAAAGAAAGCAUCCUUGAUUGAAGCUGUGAGAGAAACUGUUCAAAAAACUGUAGGUGCUGAUAUUGUCAUGCAUGUGAAGUUAAAAAGUGAGGAUGGGACUACACAGAUGGAUGAGAUUUUCAAUUCAAUCCGUACACAACUGAAGUCACCUGUGGUUGGGUAUAUCGCAAAAGAAGCCCCUGAAGGUAAACUCCUUGAGAGGUGGGCUGAUAAGUUAAAGAAAUCUGGACUGCAGCUUGGUGAUAUAACACAAGGAAUAUCUGACAUCUUAGCUAUAAAAGACCAGACCGAGUUAAUAAAUGUGAAAAAAGCUGCUUAUUUGUCUGCUUCUACAUUGAGGAACUUUGUUGUUCCAAAGCUUGAGAAGGUCAUAGAUGAGGAGAAAAGAGUUACACAUUCUUCACUCACGGACGAGACAGAAAAGGCCAUACUGGAACCACAUAAAGUUAACGUGAAGCUGAAUCCUGAUAAUGUUGAUAUUUGUUACCCGCCCAUCUUCCAGAGUGGUGGGAAAUUUGAUCUCAGACCCGGUGCUGCUAGCGAUGAUGAAACUCUGUACUAUGAUUCUGCCAGCAUUAUCAUAUGUGCUGUUGGGUCUCGAUACAACAGUUACUGCUCAAGUGUUGCUAGAACGUUUCUUAUUGAUUCGACUUCAACGCAGAGCAAGGCUUAUGAAGUGCUUCUCAAAGCCCAGGAAGCAGCAAUUGCUGCCUUGAAACCAGGUAAUAAGAUCAAUGCUGUUUAUCAGGCAGCACUUGCUGUGGUUGAGAUGGAUGCCCCCGAACUGGUUAGCAACUUAACAAAAUCAGCAGGAGCAGGAAUUGGUCUUGAGUUUCGAGAGUCAGGAUUGCUGCUAAACUUAAAAAAUGAUAAAGUGCUGAAAGAAGGAAUGGUCUUUAAUGUCUCUCUGGGUUUUCAGAAUCUGCAGGCUGAGACCAGCAAUCCGAAGAGUAGGAAUUUCUCACUUCUUCUUGCAGACACAGUGAUUGUAAGAAGUGAAAGCCGUGAGGUUGCAACCCAGCUGAUGUCCAAAGCUCUCAAGGAUGUGGCAUACUCGUUCAACGAGGAUGAAGAGGAGGAGAAGCCUAAAGUCAAAGCCGAGUCCAUUAGCAAGGAAGCUUUGCAUUCAAAGGCAACACUUCGUUCAGACAAUCAAGAGAUAUCCAAAGAAGAGCUGCGGAGGCAGCACCAAGCUGAACUUGCCCGGCAGAAAAAUGUGGAAACUGCUAGACGACUUGCGGGUGAAGGUGUCACUAAUGGAGAUAAUCGGUCUGCUGUUCGGGGUUCAAGUGAACUUGUAGCCUACAAGAAUGUUAAUGAUCUACCACCUCCUCCUAAGGACAUGAUGAUCCAGGUUGACCAAAAGAAUGAAGCUCUCCUUCUACCUAUAUAUGGAAGCAUGGUGCCUUUCCAUGUCUCUACUGUGAAGACCGUGACGAGUCAGUCUGACACUAACCGCAACUGUUACAUACGAAUCAUCUUCAAUGUUCCAGGCAUGCCUUUUGCACCCAGUGAUGUAAGUGCUGUGCCAAAGAAUCAAUCGGCCAUUUAUCUGAAGGAGGUUUCAUAUCGUUCCAAGGACUCUCGUCAUAUAAGUGAGGUGGUCCAGAUGAUUAAAACACUUAGACGCAAUGUCGUGCAAAGGGAGUCUGAAAAAGCUGAGAGAGCUACUCUAGUCACUCAAGAGAAGCUUGUUCUAGCUGGUAAUAAAUUUAAGCCGGUCAAGUUGUCUGACUUGUGGAUACGUCCCACUUUUGGUGGUCGUGCAAGAAAGCUUCCCGGAACUCUGGAAGCUCAUGUGAAUGGGUUUCGAUAUUCUACGACAAGAGAUGAACGUGUUGACAUUAUGUAUGCAAAUGUUAAGCAUGCCUUUUUCCAGCCAGCAGAGAAAGAAAUGAUCACGCUCCUUCAUUUUCAUCUCCACAACCACAUAAUGGUGGGGACCAGGAAAACCAAGGACGUGCAGUUUUAUGUGGAGGUGAUGGAUAUUGUCCAAACCCUUGGGGGUGGAAAGAGGUCUGCCUAUGACCCGGAUGAGAUUGAAGAAGAACAAAGGGAGAGGGAUCGGAAGAACAAAAUUAACAUGGAUUUUCAGAAUUUUGUGAAUCGAGUGAAUGAUAUCUGGAGCCAGCCGCAGUUCAAAGGUCUUGACCUGGAAUUUGAUCAGCCUCUGAGAGAACUUGGUUUUCAUGGUGUUCCCUACAAAUCGUCAGCCUUCAUAGUUCCGACCUCAAGCUGUUUGGUUGAGCUGAUAGAGAAUCCAUUCCUUGUCAUCACCCUUGGCGAGAUAGAGAUUGUCAACUUGGAGAGGGCAGGUUUUGGACAGAAGAACUUUGACAUGGCAAUUGUUUUCAAGGACUUCAAGCGUGACGUGAUGCGUAUAGAUUCUAUACCCAUAUCCUCACUUGACGGCAUCAAAGAAUGGCUUGACACCACAGACAUCAAGUACUACGAGAGCAAGCUUAAUUUGAACUGGCGCCUCAUUUUAAAAACAAUCGUUGAUGAUCCACAGAAGUUCAUAGAGGAUGGAGGCUGGGAGUUCUUAAACUUGGAAGGGAGUGACUCUGAAAGUGACAAUACACAGGACUCAGAUGCAGAAUUUGAGCCUACUGACGAUGAACCCGAAUCAGAUUCUGAGGAUGAUGAGUCCGAGAGUGCUUCUUUGGUGGAGUCGGAAGACGAAGAGGAAGAAGAGGAGGACGAGGAAUCAGAAGACGAGAAAGGCAAAACAUGGGAAGAGUUGGAAAGGGAGGCAAGCUAUGCAGAUAGGGAGAAAGGUGAUGAAUCAGACAGUGAGGAUGAGAGGCGAAGAAGGAAGAAGACUUUUGGUAAGUCAAGGGGGGCAGGGCCUAGUAGUAGUGCUGCCCCCUCAAAGCGGCCUAAGUUCAGGUAAGUUCCAAAAUUGCUACUAGCAUUCAAAAAGUGUUGUCUAGCAAAGAAGCCUCUGAACAUUUUUAUCCGCUACCGUUGUAGUCGUUUUUGUUUAUUCCUUGCAAUGCCUGUUUAACGCAUUCUGGUAGUUGGCACUUGUAGAAUGCAUGUUUUUGUAUUAUCGAAAGUUUCUUGGGAACUUUAAACUAUUGUAGUAUCUAUCUGAUCUUCCAUUCAAAAUUUUCAAAUGGAAGAAACUACCAUCUGCCUA